GUCUUCCCCAUUCAUAGAUGACUGCCCGUAGAGCUACCGUCAAUCUCAGAGUAUCUUCCCAAGUGUGCAAUGUUGACCAAUAUCGGACACCACUUUAACUUUCAAAGUUUAAAUGCCCAGAUGAACCUUUUGGAAACAUCUUACCCUCACAGCUAUGCGGCCCUGUCAGCGUUACAGAGCUACCCACACUACGCCGGACACCUUCCAGGGGUGACAGGGCCUCCCCCUGAUCAAAUCGCAGCUUUGGAUUGUAGCAUUAACCAGGGGUAUUAUUCCACUGGCCCAGUCAAGUUCUCCGUAGAUAGAAUUCUUACGACGGGGGAGCCUCGUUCACGAAGUUCCUCACCUGUCGUCGACAAAGACGACCUCGGCAAACACGACUCCCCACACAGCAGGGAUUCGAAGGACGACGGCAAAGACAGUCAGUCAGUAAAACGACGCCGAACACGUACAAAUUUCACUGGAUGGCAACUAGAAGAGUUGGAAAAGGCGUUUCAAGAUAGUCACUACCCUGAUGUGUUUAUGCGUGAAGCGUUGGCUCUCAAACUAGAUCUCGUGGAAUCUCGUGUUCAGGUUUGGUUCCAAAACAGACGUGCAAAAUGGCGAAAGAAGGAAAACACGAAAAAAGGCCCUGGACGUCCAGCUCACAACGCGCAGCCGCAGACAUGCAGUGGAGAGCCAAUGGACCCAGAGGAAGUGAAACGACGAGAACAAGAGCGUGCGGAGAAGAAGAGGAGGAAACAGGAAGACCGUCUACGCAGACUCGAGGAGAAGAGGCGAGUUUCCGGUGAUGGAAAGCUCAAACUGUCGCUUUUGUCGCUGUCUGACCUGUCCAGUUCCGCCAGUGACGGCCCGUACAGCUCGUCACUGUUGUCACCCAAUACCAGACCAGAUACAGGAAGUGACGACAGCAAUCAUGGCCAGCCCGAGAAGCGGAAGUGCCCUUUCAGUAUAGACAGUCUUCUAGAAACGCCUAAAGUGCCGCGUGGUCGAAGACCGAAUUCUAAAUACCCACGUGUACAAGCGUGUAAAUCAUUAGGACCUUUAGCUCUUGGCAUGAUGCCCCUAUUCCCCAUAACACAACCAAUAGGAUUUGUGGUGGAACAACUCUCCGAAGAUGAGUAUGAUGGUGAUAGUGACUCCAAUAUGCCACACAACCUCUGUGUAAAAGUAUCAAAAGACAAUGACGAGAGCAUAGGGGAGAAGAACACACCGAGAACAGAGGAAGAAAGUUGUUGUGUUAAGGAGCAACACAUUAAAGAGGAAGAACAGGCACCCGAGGAGCACAUCGAUGUCCUCGAGUGCUCCCGAGACGAUGAGGAAGAGGAGGACGCGUUGGAGGAAGAGUUCGAUGAGGAAGUUGAGGAGGAAGAGAAGUGUGACAGCAGUCAGUAGAUGGUAGCUGACCGAGUAGCUGUACCCGUUAGUCUGUGAUGGAUGAUCCUGUUGAAACACUUUAUACUACUAGGGUUCAUUGUAGUUGUUUAGCUGAGUUUGAGUUUGAGCAGCUGUACACAUUGUAUGCGAAACUGAAAAGACAGUAUUGACAACAUGGUCGAACCGAAAAGGGUUGCAUGGAAAAGACACUUUAAGAAGCCAACAUAACUAUCCGAUUUGUAGGCUGUGAUGAUCAACUUUGAUCGUUUAAGUAUUUAAAUAAUUUAGUAUCGAAGAGCAAGGCUGUUACAUUUACGACAAAAUGGGCCGUUUUGGUAGAAGCUGUCAAAAUCUGUCAAACAGAUGUGAUAAAAAUGUGAAGAUUUUGGUAUAUAGAGCCUGACUUUCAUACGCGGACAGUGAAUGGCAACGACGGGCUGUCGCUCUGAAGGCUCAGCAACACCCUGUGUGAUAGUGCCACUCUGUGAGGCAGUAUAGAGUGGGUGAAACCAGUGCACCUGUGUGAAUGCUGGUGGUGAAUAUGUGAGUGUGAAUGCGAUGUUUGUGGUGUUUAGUUGAGUAUUUGUUGAGCAUGUGCCAUAGAAAAGUGUAACGAAUACGUUGAUACUAGACUGUGCUCGAGUCUACAUUGGUCACAAUAAAACCAUAUUACAUUA